AGCAUUUUACCCUUGAUCCAAACAGCACAGCAGCGUCGUCAAACUGCUUGUGUCCCACUGCUUUGCAGAUGUAGUUCCUUUAAAUGGAACGCAUUGGCUACGUGGGCAUGGGACGUCGAUUGUGAUACGUGUGCUAUUUGUCGCGUUCAGUUGAUGGAAGAAUGCCUUCGAUGUCAAGCAGAUGCCUCGUCUACAGAUUGUGUCGUUGUGUGGGGCGAUUGUAAUCAUGCAUUUCAUAAUUGUUGCAUGAGUCAAUGGGUUCGACAGAACAACAGGUGCCCAUUAUGUCAGCAAGAUUGGGUUGUGCAACGAGUCGGUCGAUAA